UUCCUGCAGUUAGCGGCGGCCUGCUGUGUGUUUAACAAACAUGGCGCCGCUUCAGAAUUUGAAUUCUAGCUUUUUCCACCUAGUGGACCGUGUUACCUUCAGGGACACCACACUUAUCGUAUAUCGGAUAAAGCAACACACUGACUUCAAAUGAUUGAGAAGAUUAUUGUUGUGGAAGCUGUCAGAGUUGUAGUGAUAUUUGUGAAACAGUCAUUUUCAUACAGGCAACAAAGGCAACGAAAUCACAUGACAUUUGAUGAAACGCGAACAUAAAUUACACGUUAAUUACUGAUAUGAUAUUGUGUGGAAGAGCAUCGUCAAACAGAUAAGUUGAGUGAUCAGUAUUAGGAAUUGCCACUAAAACAAACUGCCCCUUUAAACUUCCUUAAGGAAAUAAUCGUGACAAAAAACAAUUUUAACCUCGGAUUGGUCACGGUAAAAAUCGUUUUUACAACUAGAAACCUCAUAAUUACCACACACGUGAAAGCACCAUGACGUCAAUUGGUACGUGAUUUUAUCAUUGAGGCUUUUUUUCAGAGCAAAAGAAGACAACAUUACAUAUUUCAUGAGUUUCGACUAACUUCCAAUGAAGUAUACAAUCUGUUUGUAUUAAGUUCUUGUGUUGUUGCCAAAUAGUUACCGUGUAAAGGGUUUUAUGAAUCUAAAGGAUGCUAAUGCUAGCAACGUAGCUACCCGGAAAUGGCUUGGUGGUAAUGUGGCUGCUGCUGUUGACAAGGAGGCAUGGAACAGCCAGCAUGUAUUUUGGAGGAGUUGAAGCAGUUUGUCGUUAAAGAUGCCCAACCAACAGUGUAUUACAUCCCAGAUUUCAUAUCAGAGGAUGAGGAGUCCUACCUCCAGCAGCAGGUGUAUAAGUCUCCAAAAACUAAGUGGACUCAACUGUCAGGGAGAAGGCUUCAGAACUGGGGAGGGUUACCACAUCCAAAAGGCAUGCUGGCAGAGAAGAUGCCUGACUGGCUCCAGACGUACUGUGAGAAAAUCUCCUCUCUGGGUGCUUUCAGUGGGAAAACAGCCAACCAUGUGUUGGUGAAUGAGUAUAAACAAGGAGAAGGGAUUAUGCCUCAUGAAGACGGCCCUCUGUACCACCCCACCGUCACCACCAUCAGCCUGGGCUCUCACACGCUACUCGACUUCUACUCGCCCGUCAGCAGCCUGGAGGAGGGCGAUACACCGCAGACGGAGGAGAACCGGUUCCUCUUCUCACUGCUGGUGAAGCCUCGCAGUCUUCUGAUCCUGCAGGAUGAAAUGUACCAGAGGCUGCUUCACGGCAUCCGGCCCUGUGAUCAGGACACACUGACGGACAAGGUGGUAAACCUGUCUGCUGCCGGGGCCCAGCCAGGAGCGACCCUGACCCGGGGAACCAGAGUGUCGCUGACCAUUAGACAUGUGCCUAAAGUAAUAAAGACAAAGUUUAUGCUGGGGAGGAAGUGAAGAAAGGACUGCAUGUUGACUUGAGAGUUUUUUAUGGAACUACAUGCAGCUUUUGCUCCUGAAGCAUGAUAUCAAUGGGAAUCUCCUGCAGGCUGCUUUAUGGAUUAUCUUCACGUGUCCUUAAAGGAUCACUUCUAGCUUCAUUCAGAAUCUGUGCUGCACCUCUGGAACUGGACAUUAUGAAAGGUGACUUUCAACUAUAAAUUGAUUAAAUUAUAGAUACAUCACUGUAAUAUUUGAAGGAAUAAUAGAAUGUAAACAGUAAAUAUCUUUUGAGAGAAUUCGUAUGGAAGAUGGCCACUACACAUUUAAAAAAUAAAACCUCAACAGGAAUGUUCAAGGAUUCAGUUUAUCACGGAAAGCAUUUCUGUAUGUGCAGCUCUGAUGUUAAAUCACCAAAUGUUUGGUAUUUUCAGUUGAUGACUGGCUCUAAUUAUUAUUCAUUUAAAAUGUAUUUAAUUGUUCAUUUAUCAGCUUCUUGUUUCAACACUACAGAUAUAAAAUCAUUAUUGGCUUUGUUUUUUUAAUGCAUUGUUUACUGGAACCUGACCAAUAUGAAAAGUGUUUUCUUUACAGCGCAUAUAGCAGAAAAAAUAUGCUUGUUGUAAUUUAAAAUCCUUAAAUUCCAAGUUUACUGUGUAAAUACAGUGAUUUCAUUUGAGACAAUAAAGUUUAUUGUUCAACUAAAA